CAAAAAGCUAAAAAGCUAUAUAUAUAGACACACACAUACAGCACUAUGUAUCUAAAGGUCUAGUUGGCAUCAUUCUUGAAUUGAUCCAUCGUCGUCAUUAUCUUUCUUGGUGGUCUUCGUCUUCUUUAUCAUCAUCAUGGCUUCUUCUAACAGACACUGGCCCAGCAUGUUCAAGUCCAAGCCCUGCAAUCCGCAGCACCCAUGGCAGCACGACAUGAACUCCUCUCUCAUCUCUUCUUCUUCUUGCCACCGAACCCCUUACACUUCUUCUUCCUCUUCUUCUUCUACAGGUUGUGAGGAGAGAAGUCCAGAGCCGAAGCCGAGGUGGAACCCAAAACCAGAGCAGAUUCGGAUUCUGGAAGCGAUCUUCAACUCUGGGAUGGUGAAUCCUCCUAGAGAUGAGAUCAGAAAGAUCAGAGCUCAGCUUCAAGAGUAUGGUCAAGUUGGUGACGCGAAUGUGUUCUACUGGUUUCAGAAUCGCAAGUCCAGAAGCAAACACAAGCUCCGAAACCUUCAAAAUUCAAACAAGAUCACUGUCAACAACGACAACAACCACCAUGUCAUCACUCACGAAUCAACCCCACCACCUCCUUCUAUCAUCAUUCCUCAGAUUUCAUCUCCUAAUUCUUCUUCAUCUGACAACAAGUCUUCUCCUCCCCCUCCUUAUUCCAAGGAAAUUAUCAGUACUAUUAUUCCUCCUUUCAAGUCGUCGUCGUCAUUCUCCAUUGGCUUCUCUUCUGAUGUGAUCCCAAGUUCUCCAAGUAACCAUCACCAUCAUGCCACAUAUUUUCAGACCCAUAAUAAUGAGACCUCUCUUUCUGAGCCUUUCUUCUUCCCUGUACUGCACCAUAAUGAUACCACUACUGUAACUACGACUGAUCAUCAUCAAGGGUUUUGCUUCUCUGAGCUGUCUGGUCUUGUUCAAGCUCAUCAGCCUCAUUAUCAGAACGUUGGGCCUUGCACUAGUCUCUUGCUCAGUGAGAUGAUGAAUCAGAAGAAAGAACAAGAUCAGAAGGAAGUGAUGAAGAAUAAUGUGAUGAAUCAUCAUCAUCAUCAACAUCAUCAUCCGAGUUUCUGUGUGGCAGCUUCGUCUUCUGUCACUCCCACCAUUCACAGUACUGUUGUCCCUUCUAUGGCUCCUGCCACCACCACCACUGUUAUUGUUCCAUCCCUCAGCGUCACUACUCAAAUUCAGGAGGAAGCAGGUGGUACGGCAGCGAAAUCAAUUGUACACAUAAACGACGUCGCAUUCGAGGUGGCUGUGGGCCCCUUCAACGUGCGGGAGGCUUUUGGUGAUGACGCGGUUCUGGUCCACGCGGCAACAGGACACCCCGUCCUCACGAACGAGUGGGGCGUCACUCUCCAGUCACUCAGUCACGGCGCAUUUUAUUAUCUGAUUUAGAAGGGAGAAAGUUGAAGGUGGUGGAGGUAUAUAUAUAUAUAUAUAUGGAGUUCUCUCUACGUAUACCUAUCUUUGGAUCCCCAUGUUCUUAAUUAGUUCUCUUUGUGUUUUACGUUAAAUAGUGUGAGGUG